AUUUUUGCUGGUCUUCAGCUGCCUGGUGCUGUCUGUACUGUCCACUAUCCAGGAGCACCAGGAACUUGCCAACGAGUGUCUCCUCAUUUUGGAAUUCGUGAUGAUUGUGGUCUUUGGCCUGGAGUACAUUAUCCGUGUCUGGUCUGCUGGCUGCUGCUGCCGCUACCGAGGAUGGCAAGGCCGCUUCCGCUUCGCCAGGAAACCCUUCUGUGUCAUCGACUUCAUCGUGUUCGUGGCCUCGGUGGCCGUCAUCGCCGCGGGCACACAAGGCAACAUCUUUGCCACGUCUGCGUUGCGCAGCAUGCGCUUCCUGCAGAUUCUGCGGAUGGUGCGCAUGGACCGCCGCGGCGGCACCUGGAAGCUGCUGGGCUCGGUGGUCUACGCGCACAGCAAGGAGCUGAUCACCGCCUGGUACAUCGGGUUCCUGGUGCUCAUCUUCGCUUCCUUCCUCGUCUAUCUGGCUGAGAAGGACGCCAACUCGGAUUUCUCCUCCUAUGCCGACUCGCUGUGGUGGGGGACGAUUACACUGACAACCAUCGGCUACGGUGACAAAACGCCACAUACAUGGCUGGGCAGGGUCCUGGCUGCUGGCUUCGCCUUACUGGGCAUCUCCUUCUUUGCCCUGCCUGCUGGCAUCCUUGGCUCUGGCUUCGCCCUGAAGGUACAAGAGCAGCACCGGCAGAAGCACUUUGAGAAGCGGAGGAUGCCAGCAGCCAACCUCAUCCAGGCCGCAUGGCGCCUAUACUCCACUGAUUCAAGCCGGGCCUACUUGACAGCCACUUGGUACUACUAUGACAGCAUCCUCCCAUCCUUCAGGUACAGACUGAGGGCCUCUCUGAAGAGGCCAGGCUGGACUCAUCUUUUUUAUCACCUGCGACUCCAAGGGUCUGAGAGGGAGAGAAGAUAUCCGUACCAUCCUUUCCUGUCACCUCCUCCAUUCAUGCCAUUGUCCUCUUCUUUCUCUGUUUCCUCGUCUCCCUCACUCUUCCAUCCUUGCACCCCCAUCCCUCCCGGGAAGCUGGAGAGAGGAGGAGGCCGCUGGCCCCAGGUGCUUACGGCUCAGCCAUCUCUUUCCCCUUGACCUGUCUCUCUGGAGCUUUUGCAUCCUGAAAGAAGAACCAAGAAAGAGCAUGCUUAUUCUAUGCAAAUGUUCAUUAAUAGAGGAAUUCCAGGCAUAUUGGGGUAAGGGAAACCACUAAUAGCAUGGGAAAAAGUGGCUGCUUCUUUAGGGGCUUAGUUUGAGGUCAAGGGUUCAAUCCCCCUCAUGCCUCCAGCAUCCUUCACCUACCUUGUUGCUUUGCCUCAUCAUCACACAUUGUCCCUGAGCCAGCUAGGAGGACAUCUGGGCCUUGAGCCUUCCAUGUAAUUCUGGGCCCCAGGCCUAGAACAAGGCAUCAGGGAAGAGGUGAGCCCCUCAGCGCCCAGAAGAAGGUAUGGUAGAAGCUUGUCUCUGUCACUGGAUGCUGUUUGUCCUUGAGAAAGUCAUCAAGUCACUCUGCCCCUAGCAGAAAAUCAGUGAUAUUUAGGCUGAUCAGGAGCUUUGGAUUCUCUGAGUUCCUGGGCUGAAAAGGUCUGGAGAACGGGAUGAUGAGUGUUUUGGUGUAAAGAAUGUGGGGAGCAGCGUCCCUUCCCUGUCCUCAUUGAGGACACUCUGGGCCAGGGCUGAACAGGAGGUGGGUGAAGAGGGAGAACCCCUCCAGGGCUGGAGCUCGAGGGAGAUUGGAAGCUCCCUGGAAGAGAAGGCUAUCAUGUGGCCUCACUUGGAUUCCCCAGCCCUGCCUGAAGGCCCUUCAGUGUUCUCCCCAUCCCUGCCAAACUCUGAUGUAUAGGUAGAAACUUAAAAGGUUUAGUGUUCCAGCUACCUUGUGCAGGACCCUGCACCAGUUCACCCUGGUCUCCCACACUGACUAGGAAGGCACAGGUUCCAGGUUCCAGGCUCACUUCCAGUCCCCGAGUCCCUGAGCUCCCUGAGCCUAGGAACAGAUUACUGCUGAGGGCUUGGCCGCCACAAACUCUACCUCUGCCCAUCUGUCCUGGAGUGUCUGCAUGUCUGGGACUUGUGGUGACGGUGGUCAAGUGUCCCUUUUUCCAAGGGACCCCAGGGGGCUGAGAUGGGAAUUCUAGAUUUGUCACUAGGCUAAGACAAGUAGCAGUCUCUUUAAUUUUGACUUCCUGGGCCCUGUGGGUGGGUACUCCUACCAGGACAUUCCCCAAACACACCCACACAUACCCACACACACACACCCACACACAGCCCAUAUGGUUGACCACAUUCCCAGUGGUGCUUGGGGAUGGGCCACACCGAGCAUGUUCCCAGGAAGUCAAGCUCCAAGGAGCAGGAAUUUCCUGGGUACUGGAGGCCAGCAUCUCCUCUCUUAGGGUUUUGUGAUGAAUUUCUCAAAGCACAGUCUCCUGAUUGCCUGCAUCAGCAUCCCAUGGGGUGUGUGUUCAGAAUGCAAACACCUGGAUCUCUCUCCAGGCUCUCAGAGUCUGACUCUGGAGAAGAGGCCCGGAGUUCUGCAGUUCAACAUGCUCUCAGGAGAUCCUUAUGCAAAGCUCGAGAGCUUCUGUGUUCUGGGGAUGGGGCUAGAGGGUGACUUGGGUGGGGAUCUUUUUCUCCUACCAGCCACAGAAGGCUGGUCCCAUCCUGGCAGCUCCCUAUGCUCUACCCACCUGCCCCUUUGUCACUAACCUCUGUUUGUGUCUUGUUCUCAACUUUCCAGCCAGAUGUUUAGUAAUAAACGGAGUUUCUUUCGGAUCCACGCCAGCUGGAGACCGAGGUACCCCCUCGCCUGCUCCUCCUGUCCUCACUCCUCCUUGCCCCCUCACUUCUGGGGCUGGAGAGGGGGACAGGAUGAGCCAAGGACAAGGUGCAUGUGCCUGCCGCCUGCUGUCUGCCUUGGAUCUAAUGAGCCUCUUGCCUACCUGGGGAUGCCUUUGCCAAGUCUGGGGCAUGGACCCAGUGUGCCAGAAGAGACACUUGCAGGAACCUUGGGAUGCGUACUAGUUCUGCCACAGAACCCAUGUGUGAUCUUGGCCAAAUUGCUUCCCUUCUCUGGACCUCAGUUUCCCAUCUGUGGAAUGGGCAGAUUGAACUAGAGGCUAUCUGAGGGUCCUUCUCACUCUGACUUGUGCCUGAUCUUGGGGUUUUUCUGUCUCCCCUCUUCCCACUUGGAUACCCCACAGAUGCCUAAAGGGGCUGGAGCUGGCCCUUCCUUCACUGAUUCUAGAGCCCCAGCUCUUUUAGCUGUAUCACCACUACAUUUGUGGUACCUGCCCUGUGCCAGGCCUUGCUCUGUGCACUGGGGACAUGAUGAUGAAUAAAACAUUGUCCCCAAAGAGUUGCAAAGAGUAAUUGCAGUUCCAUGGGAUGAGCUCAAUGAAAGGAGGAAGCAGAGGGGCUGUGGAGCCUGGGUUGGGCACUUAACCCAGAGGCAGCCCUGGAAGCAGCAGCUGUUAGGGAGGACUCCCAGGCAGAGGGAGCAGCACAGACCAGGCAAAGAGGCAAGAAAACACAGCCAUGGGAGACAAGCCCAUAGCCCAUUGGAGCCAUAUUUGAGAAUGUGAUGUCAGAGUUGAGGGUGAGGGCAGGGCCGGGUCAUGGAGAACUCAUAGUCCAGUGUGAACUUCAUCCUCUUUGCCUUUCCCAAAGGCCUGGGUUUAUGGAACCCUGGGUUCCCCCAGGUGCCUCUGGAGCCCUGAAGUUGGAGAUGAGGGAUAGAGCCCCUCUAUAUGCCCAAAGCAGCCUUCCUUAGAAAUGUGGGCUUGUACCACUAUCUAGUCACUACUCAAUAGUCAUGUUUCUUUGGGCAGGUCCCACAGGGCAGUCAGAGGUCAGAGGGCAGCCUAUGCCAGAGCUUUCCCUCCUCCCAGGACAGCUGCAGCCAAGCCCAUACCAUCCUUCUAGGCACCAACAGCUCCAUAGCCCACAGUUUCUUGACCUUGACACCAUGGGAAUUUUGAAUGAGAUAGUUCUGUUACUUGGGGCUAUCAGUGCCUCAUGGGAUGUUUAGCAGCAUUCCUGGCAAAUACCCACUAGAUGCCAGGAGCACACCCCACAGGGUAACCUCCAUCCAAUGUCUCCUGGCGUUGGCAGGUGUCUCUUGAUAGGCAAGAUCACUCCCAGUUGAGGACUACUGCCCUAGUCUCCACCCUGACCACUUGUCCCUGAAAAAGAACACAGUCUCUGAAAUCAGAGAAAUGUCCAGGCCUUUUUGUGUCCCAUGGAAGCUCUGUGACCUCAGGCAAAUUGUUUCCCCUCUUUCCAUAUCUGUAAAAUAGGGAUGGCUGAUUUGGAGUCCCCUAUAUAAAGUGGUUCAGAGGACUGAAAGUGCCAUGGCCGAUAGGCAGGAUUGGUGUGCUCCAAAGAACCUGGGAAGGGAGAGAGCUUUUUGGUGCCUACUGUGUGUCAGGUUCUUCCUUUUUCUUUUUCUUUCUUCCUCUCUCUCUUUUUUUUUUUUUUGUGAGCUUUCAGGCUCCAGAGAGGCAGAUGUGAACCUUUUUUUGGGCCCUGCGCAAGAAGCUAGAAUCCAGGGCCACUCCUGGGAAAAAGUGUCUUCUUGCAUUAAAGAGGAGCCAAGGCCUCUGACUGGCUGGAAAGUUACAGAAUCCCACAACCAGGCCAGAAACUCCCUCCUCCAUCACAGAAUCAGAGCCGGAAAGGGACCUUUCAAGGCCUCUAGUGCAAGUCUCAGCCUGCUUCUUCUCAAAGUCCUGCUGAGUACAAGCUCAGCCUUGUUGCAACUUCUCAUGAGAGGAAGGUUCCCCUUCCCCAGAAUGCUGUUGGCACCUGAUAUGCUGGGUGCAGUGAUCCAGAGUUCUAGGCCCUUGGCUGGAAGUGCUGGGGUCUUCUCCAGCCUCUUCCUUCUCUCCCCCUUGGAGGAGUGGAGGACAGAGUGGGGUUGCACGGAUGGGCAGGUGGGGUGCUUGCCAGCAUGAGAGCCCACAGGAAUGGCUCUACAGAGGCAAGUUUGGGGAAGCUGCCUUCAAACUUCAGUUGAAAUCUUUGGGAUGUGUCAAGGGGAUCCAGGGCUGGUAAAGAGCAUGCUCGAUUUUGGUAGCCAUCCCUGACCCCAGUCCUUGACCUAAAACCUCUCCUUCUGGGCAGAGGCCCUCCUCCUCAGGAUGGCCCUACAUCUGGGCCACCUUCUCGAAGGUACCCCUGGUUUCAAGAACUCCCUCACCUCAGCACCUUGGCUCUCCACCCUCUACCUCAUGUCCUGGGCAUGGGGGACCAUGCUUCCUACCCAAUUCUGAAACCAGAAUCUGACCUCUGCUCAACCCUUGAUCCGAAAGCCCCGAGAGUAGGUGACAUCACUGUUCCUUCACUCCUACUGGGCCUCAGGCCUCCUCUGAGACUGGCUGACUCUUCUGAGCCAGGGUCUCAGACAUUUGGGAUGGAGGUUCUCAAACAUGUCUGCAGGGGUCCUCUAGUUGCAAACUACUGGGGAGGCAGCAGGGAUGCAAUAGGCCGUGGUGUGGAAGAUGUUUGCAUAGGUCCCACCCAAACAUCAAGAGUGGUUCUUGAACCUCUUGGACACAGAGUUACUUUACCAGGUAUUGGUUAAACAGGGCCUGUCUAGGGGAGCCAGAAACCUCCCCCUAUCUGUCUUCCUCCAAGGUUUGUGGAUGUGGUAGGGAGCUGGGUGCAGGAGGGGAAGUCAGAGCACACAUCCACUCAUGCACAUGUGUGCUCAGUAGGUGGUGUAGAGGGUUGGGGUAGGUCUUCCAGGGCGUCCAAGGCCACAUUCGUCCCAGUGAACAGGCAGGGGUGACCACAGAAAAACAGGUUACCAAACAUAGGCCCUCACUGGGAUGGUGGGCACUGGGCAUGUCCUGGACGUUCAUAGGCCCUCGGCAGACCAUCGUACUGCACACUGAUAUGGGUACCAUCACAUGUAAGUCUGUGUGAUGGAGACUUGUUUUGCAGUAUACUACCUGCACUGCUGUGCCAGGUCCUAAAGCCCUGACCUGAGCAGUGUGAGAUGGGAUAGCUCCAGCAGUGGAAAAAGAUGGAAAAUAUAAAUUGACACAUGCACAAACACACCGUGUGUAUUCAUCCAUACUGGCACUUGUGUACCUAUACUGUCACAUGUACACACAUACCUCCUUGACUCCAUUCAGCCAGCCCUGUGUACAGUGAGGAUUGGAAGCCUCCCUUAGUGUGUGUGGCCAUGUGAACUCUGUCCCUCAGCAGCCUGCCUGUGUGCAAAGGGUCCCCAUCUCCACCCUCCAAACCACCCACCUGGGCCAGGCCCAGAUCUUCUGUCCUCUUGUCUGUCUCUGACUUCCUUCUGAGUUUCUUUCACUCCUUCCACUCUGACAUCUGUUUCUUGUGCA